AAACUAUCUUCAAUGCUCAAAAAUUGGCGAAACCCUCUCCUCCAGAAUCUCUUUUCCCCAGUCUGACGCGAAACUAUCUAUGCUCAUGUCUGAAGCAGUCACCGACCUCACCAUUUACACCGCUGAAACUGGGGUGUCGCUGUUUCUCUACGGAAUAUAUCUCUGUCUUGCGAUCUUGACGUUGUACGUCUACGCGCGGGCAGGAUCUCGACGCAGCCCGUCAGCCAAGCGGCUCGUAUAUAUCGUGCUCCCUGCGGGCCUCGUUCUCGGGACAACGCAGACGGUACUCGACGUUGUGCGGAUGGCAGUGGUGUGGGUUACGCUGCUCAGUCCUGAGGGGGUGACGCCAGGGAGGGCAUAUGAGGCCUACAUUGCCUCUAACAUCGCGUCGAACGUGUUUCUAUGCGUGAAUGUUCUCGUGACAGACAUAUUCCUUAUGUACCGAUGCUUCGUGGUCUGGGAACGAAACAGGGCCGUCCUCAUAGCCCCGGUGCUGUUGAUUCUCGCGACGACCGCCACAGCGCUUGUGGCGGCCAUCCAGGCCCAAAAUAGCUCGAUGUCGGCAUCGGCCCAUGCCUUGAGCGCAAUAGUCCCUGCGCUUCUUGGGACGGUCACCAACAUCUGCCUGACUUGCCUCACCGCUUACAAGAUAUGGAGCGCCCAUCGGGUUGCGGUGGUCUUCAAGACAAACACUGGCGUCAGAACACGGUACAGGAAGGCGCUUUUGAUAAUCACGGAAUCUGGCGCGAUAUACACUAUCUGCACGGUCGGCAUGGCCAUAGGCCUCCUAGUCCAGCCCAACACGGCAGGCGUGACGUACCUCGUGUCGACGGGCGUCGUAAAACAUAUGCUUAACAUUGUCCCGGCGUUGGCUUUGCUGUACACCGGCCUGCAAGAGACCUCAGAGGCUGAGGCCGGUCCCAGGUUGCCGCUGCUAGAAGCGGGCGAUCGCGAGGUUUGCCCCGCUCCGGCCGGGACCGGCCCUCGAUCGGAGUUUGAAUCAUCUCCGACUAUAACCUCCUGCUCACUCCGUGCCUCGACGUCGACCGCGAUGGCUCUCCUCAGCUUUAUCUACAACCGACCAAACCGGGUACUCCAGCUGCAAAAGCAAUACCAGGCUGACCCGCGACCCAUCUUCUUGCGCCCCGCUGGUGCCAAAGCCACUCUCACCGUGUAUGGCACCCUUUUCAGCCUCGGAUUCGCCUCCUCGCUCUACGGCGCGGGAUGUCUCGUCACUGGCUACGGAAAGGGCGGUCCCAGCUCGGAGUGAACGAAGACGGAGCGGGCGUCGGCAGUGUCGAUAUAUCUCCUUCUCGUAGACUGCGCGCUCUAUAGAGCAAUACAAGCCAUCAUUGCGACAUCGUAACCUCGGCCGAUGCGAACGACUAUCUGU